AUGGGCUCUCUUGAGAACAAGACGUCUGUGGACAAGAUGGAGUAUGACACAAAAGAGAAGCUCGCUGCCUUGAGCGUCAUCGAUCCAGAGAUCGCAGAGUACCUGGCAGGUGGGCAUCCCUUGCCAGAGUCAGCUCCCCCAGCCCCAGACACGGAAUUCGAGUACACUAUCCAAAUCCCAAUGCGCGAUGGGGGCCGCCAACAAGAAGCCCGCGUCCACAAGCCCUCCACGUCAACAGGCGCAAAGUCCCCAGUCAUCGUUCUCAUCUAUGGAGGCGCCUUCACAAUGGGUGACUGUCACCAAAUGAGUCCCUGGGCCAGAAUCGCCAGAAAGCUCUUCAAUGCCACUGUCAUCAACCUUUCCUAUCGUCUGGCACCCACACACCCUUUCCCCGCGGCCCCCAAUGAUGUUGAAGAUGGGCUCAAGUGGGUUUCUGAGAAUGCGCACACACUAGGUGGCGACUUGAGCGCAGGCUUCGUUAUCGGAGGCCCAUCUGCUGGCGCAAACCUAGCGGCCGUCAUGGCACAGAAGAUGGUUGAUGGCGCGACGAAGCUCGGAGCUCCUCUCACCGGUGUCUGGCUCCUGGCUCCACUCUUCCUCGAGGACGACAUAGUGCCUCCAAAGUACAAAGAUAUCUUCCUCGCAAGAGAGCAGAACGCCGAGGCUCCGAUCUUCAGUAAAGCAGCCUGGGGUUAUCUUGCUGCCAAUUACAAGGCAGACAUCAAAUCAGUGGAUUAUUCGCCUUUCAACUCGAAGAAUCCCCAUGUCGGAAUGCCACGAACAGUUGUGCAGGUUGGAGGUCUGGACUUCCUCCGGGAUGACGGGCUGGUUUACGAGAAAGCUCUCAGAGCACACGGGGUUGAAACCCGGUUAGAUGUGUAUCCCGGCGCUCCGCAUGGACAUUUCAUAUUCCCUGGUGUCGAGUCCGCGUUCAAGGCAAACCUUGACAUCUUCAGAGGCCUCGGAUGGCUUCUCAAGCAGGAGGUCUCGGAGGAUGAGAUCAAGAAGGCGGUUGUUGCAGAUCCUUUCAUGACCCGGAGCGGAAUUACUCCAGGUAUCAUCAAGCCUUCGACAUCAGAGGUCUUUGCUCUCAUUCAAAAACAUUAG